GCGCUGCGGUCGGAUGUCACAUCUCGUGUUAUGAAACUCGAGUGAGGUGAAGAGGCUGAAAAAAUAGCCCCAGUGCUGUGAAAAAGCAGGAAAAUCCUGAGGAAAUGGCUCAGUUGCAAGUGUGGAAGAGGCUCUUGCAGUCGCCCAAACUGCUGGCCCCGGUGACAGUCGUGACUGGGCAGCGACGAGGAGCCGCCAAGUGGACCCCGGAUCCUGAAUUCAUGAAGAAAUUUGAGGGGCCUAUCAUGUUUCCUGAGCAGCACACUGAUAAUUUCCUGCAAAAUUGGAAACAACCGGCAUGGAAUGCCAAGCUGUCGCCAAUUGCGGAGAAGAACGUGAAGAAUAUCACUCUCAACUUCGGGCCACAGCAUCCGGCUGCUCACGGAGUGCUUCGACUCGUACUUGAGCUCGAGGGAGAGUGUGUGGUCAGGGCGGAUCCGCAUAUUGGCCUUCUGCAUCGUGGCACUGAGAAGCUGAUUGAGUACAAGACUUAUACUCAGGCUCUUCCGUACUUCGAUCGUUUGGAUUAUGUCUCCAUGAUGUGCAAUGAGCAGUGCUAUUCCCUGGCCGUCGAGAAGCUCCUCAAUAUCGAGGUGCCUUUGCGAGCAAAGUACAUCCGGACACUCUUCGGUGAAAUAACUCGCCUGCUGAACCACAUCAUGGCCAUCGGCACUCACGCUCUGGACAUUGGCGCCCUUACGCCCUUCUUCUGGCUGUUCGAGGAGCGCGAGAAGAUGAUGGAGUUCUACGAGAGGGUUUCUGGAGCUCGAAUGCACGCUGCUUACGUUCGUCCUGGCGGAGUGUCCCUGGACAUGCCGCUCGGCCUCAUGGAUGACAUCUACGAGUUCGCCAGCAAGUUUGCCGAGCGCAUUGACGAAGUCGAGGAUGUGCUGACGACCAACAGAAUCUGGGUGCAGCGCACUGUUGACAUUGGCAUCGUCACUGCUGAGGAGGCGCUGAAUUACGGCUUCAGCGGCGUUAUGUUGCGCGGAUCUGGCAUCAAGUGGGAUCUGCGGAAGUCUCAGCCUUACGACGCCUACGAUCUGGUGGAGUUCGACGUGCCGAUUGGCACCAAGGGCGAUUGCUAUGAUCGCUAUUUGUGCCGCGUGGAGGAGAUGCGACAGAGCUUGAGGAUUAUCGACCAGUGCCUCAACAAAAUGCCACCGGGAGAAGUGCGCACGGACGAUGCCAAGGUUGUGCCGCCGACGCGAUCUGAGAUGAAGACGAGCAUGGAGGCGCUCAUUCACCACUUCAAGCUCUUCACGCAGGGCUACCAGGUGCCGCCGGGAGCGACGUACACUGCCGUGGAGGCGCCCAAAGGUGAGUUUGGCGUUUAUCUCGUCUCCGAUGGCAGCAGCCGUCCGUACAGGUGCAAAAUCAAGGCGCCUGGCUUCGCCCAUCUGGCUGCCCUCGAUCACAUCGGCCGGAGGCACCUUCUGGCCGACAUCGUAGCCAUCAUUGGCACGCUGGACAUCGUGUUCGGCGAAGUUGAUCGCUGAUGUGAUUAGGAAU